AUGGCAGAAAACCUCACAGCCCCGCCUGCGCUCUCCACGCCCGAUACGCGCAUCUUGAGUGAGGGUGUGCCAGACCUGGCCCAAAAUACUCCCGAAACUUUGUCCGAGGAGCAGCUCCAGACAAGGUAUGAGGUCAGGAGGACAAUCAACGAAAUCAAGCAGCGAAAAUGGAACCGCGUGGCCUUGCAAUUCCCCGACCAUAUGCUGCAACAUGCUGCCCGCGUCUACCAACUCUUAGCCAGAGGUUUGCGAGAUAAUGGUCAACACUCACAUGCCACCGCCGCCACGGACGGGAAGCAGCCUUCUGAAACCCACAUUUCUGAACUCUCCAUAGAAGAAGACAUCAAGCCCGUGAGGCUCACAAUUCUAGGAGACACAUCUUACGGAUCCUGCUGCGUGGAUGAGAUUGCUGCCGAGCACGUCGAUGCAGAUGCAGUAGUACAUUAUGGCCGAGCCUGUCUGUCGCCGACCGCGAGAUUACCAGUCUUGCAUAUUUUCACCACAAUGGACUUGGACUACGAUUCCGUGGUCAAAUCGUUUCAGGCCUCUUUCCCCGAACGCGAUGCAAAGGUGGUCCUAACGGCUGACGUUCCGUACGCGACACACGUCCAGGCGGUAUAUGACAUGCUACAGAAUCUCGGAUACUCAGACGUCUUUGCGGCGUCCAUUGUUCAUGAUCCCUCUUCAUCAAUACCUAACCGAACGGUCCCGGCGUCCGUCUCCUCGGAUCCGUCAUCCCUCUCGGAUUGGAGCCUGUUCCACAUCUCCGAACCCCCUACCUCACUUCUCCUGACCCUGACCUCGUGCAUGGCUAAUAUUAGAGUCUACCCGACCACCAACGACCCUUCGGCCACUGCAAGCCUAUCAACGUCGUUUGCCUUGGAACACUCAACUAAGCUUCUCCUCCGCCGACGCUACGCUCUGAUCACCUCCCUCACCACCGUUCCCGCCUGGGGAAUACUCAUCAACACUCUCAGCGUCAAGAACUACCUCCACAUCCUGUCACACAUCCAACGCCAAAUUGCAGCCGCAGGCAAGAAAUCGUAUCUCCUUGUCGUUGGCAAGUUGAACCCUGCGAAGAUUGCCAAUUUCUCCGAAAUCGGUGGCUGGGUUGUCAUCGGCUGCUGGGAGAGUUCGCUGGUCGACAGUAAGGAGUUCUACAAGCCGAUCAUCACGCCCUUUGAGUUGGAGCUCGCUUUACAGACGGAUGAGAGUCGCUUAUGGACGGGAGACUGGCGGGCGGAUUUUCAAGGAGUGCUGGAAAAUGCUGCCAAGCGAGCGGAGGGGGGCAAGACACCGACGAAGGAUUCGCUUGGUGAAGCCAGGGCGACAAAUGGCACAGAUAAGGCCGAGAUCGAUAUGGACUCCGAGUCCGAGUCUGAACCGCCAGAAUUCGACCUCCGAACAGGUCGAUACAUUGCACGCACGCGGCCGACGCGGAAUCCCCGGACGGUGCAAGCCGAACUGCAACAAGGCACCGGCACCCAACAGUCCACAGCCUUGGCGAAACGUAACAAGGGCGACGUGAUCGCCGUCAACGGCGUUGUCUCGCCUGCGGCCGAGUUUCUUGCUCAGAAACGCACCUGGCGCGGACUCGGCAGCGAUUUUGAGGUCAAGUACGAGGAAGAUGAUGAGGUCGGAGGCAUGGUAGAAGAAGGACGAGCAGGCAUUGCGAAGGGGUACACGGUCGGAGGAUCAUUGAGGACGUGA